AUGGUCCGGAUUGGUCAAAGAGAAUUGCAAGCUCUGAACAUUGACACCAACAUCACUCAACUGCCCGCCACUAGUAGUACUCAACCAUCAGGCACACGAGUGACAAUGUCCACUGCUGGCAACUCAACAACAAACCGCAACCCCUCUCGAGUCCUACAACCUGGACAUCUUGAGACUAGUCUUGUGUACAUCCUGGAAACUGUCUUUGGCUACAGUGCUGGCAGUAUUCUUCAUCUCGCACUUGACUUGUAUGGUUGUAAAUGUUACCUCAACCUUGUUGGCCUGGAUGAUGCUGAUAUUGACGGACUACAGUAUCCUGUCAGUCAGCCGCAUGAUGCUAACGGUGACCCACAACCAGAUGUACUUUGGGAUGUGCUGAAACCUCUUAAGGCAUAUCUCCAUGGGAUCCGUGGCUACAUCUACCACCAAGAAACUGUGCUUCAGGACCCAGUCACUCUGACUAACUCUGAGGAAUUUGAUCGGGGCAUUAAUCUAGAUGCAAAUCUUUAUCCAACUUUGUCCAAUAAUCGGCAAUGGGAUAGUCCUCAUGGCAAACAUCUCACAUCUGAAGAGGAACAUCCUCAAUACCUUAGCCUUGCUGAGCCUUUUGUCCCUGAUCUUGAAUCAGUUGACCUCGGGCCUGAAGGCAAAUAUGGUACCCUUGACAAGGAAAAUUCCCAGUACCAUCGUCUUGUUGAGCCCUUUGUUACUGAUCUUGCAUCAGUCGACCUUGAGCCUGAUCCUGUUGUUGACCUCAAGACCAAACGCCAACAUGGUACCCUUAAUCUCUCAUCAGUCGACCUUGAGCCUGAUCCCACUGUUGACCACAAGACCAAAAGCCGACAUGGUACCCCUGGCGACGAUCAUGUCCAGUAUCCUUGUCUUGUUAAGCCAGUUGCUACUGAUCUUGCAUCAGUUGACCUUGAGCCCGAUCCUCUUGCCUACCGAGCUUGUCUGGCAUCUUUGGCAACACUUCCUUGCAAGAAAUCUCUUUGCACUGCAAAGUUAGAAGCUGCUGGUU